UCUCUUUCUCGCCCGAUGGCCAAGAUGCCGAAGGGGAAGAAGAUCAAGGGGAAAAAGGUGGCCCCGGCCCCUGCCGUGGUGAAGAAGCCGGAGGUCAAGAAAGUGGUCAACCCCUUGUUCGAGAAGCGACCCAAGAACUUUGGCAUUGGUCAGGACAUUCAGCCCAAGAGGGACCUUACCCGGUUUGUCAAAUGGCCCCGGUACAUCAGGCUUCAGCGUCAAAGGGCCAUCCUGUACAAGCGCCUGAAGGUACCUCCUGCGAUUAACCAGUUCACCCAGGCUUUGGAUCGGCAGACAGCCACUCAGCUUCUUAAGCUGGCCCACAAGUACCGACCAGAAACCAAGCAAGAGAAGAAGAAGAGGCUGUUGGCCCGAGCCGAGCAGAAAGCUGCAGGCAAAGGGGAUGUCCCUACCAAGAGGCCCGCCGUCCUCCGAGCAGGUGUCAACACGGUGACGACCCUGGUGGAAAACAAGAAGGCUCAGCUGGUGGUGAUCGCACACGACGUGGACCCCAUUGAGCUGGUCGUCUUCUUGCCCGCCCUGUGUCGUAAAAUGGGGGUUCCCUACUGCAUCCUCAAGAGCAAGGCCAGGCUGGGGCGCCUGGUUCACAGGAAGACGUGCACCAGCCUCGCCUUCACGCAAGUUAACCCUGAGGAUAAAAGCAACCUGGCGAAGUUAGUGGAGGCCAUCAAGACCAACUACAAUGACAGAUAUGACGAGAUCCGUCGCCACUGGGGUGGCAAUGUCCUGGGCCCAAAAUCGGUGGCCCGCAUCGCCAAGCUGGAGAAGGCCAAGGCUAAAGAAUUGGCAACCAAAUUGGGCUAAAUGUGCUAAGCGUUAUUUUUCUGUACAGAAUAAAGGUGUGACUUACACUGUGUCCC